UCCAUAAGAAUAAAAGUGAUUUUAGCCAAUAUAUAACUUUUUAUAAUGUCGGAAAAGAUUGGUAAUCCUUACAUGGAUAUGGACAGCGGUAGUUUUGAUGCUGAAACAUAUCUUGAAAAACUGCUUAAAGAUUGUUCCCUUAAACAAAUAAUGGAUACAGAAGCAGCUGUCGUUAAAGAUACGCAAACGCUUCACUCGGAUAUGCAAACCUUGGUUUAUGAGAACUAUAAUAAGUUCAUUUCAGCUACCGAUACUAUACGAAAAAUGAAAAACGAUUUUAAACAAAUGGAAACUGAUAUGAAUUUGUUAAAGGAUAAAAUGUCUACAAUAACUAGUUUUAGUGAACAAAUCACCGGUACUUUGCAGGGUACCAGAUCUCAAUUGUGUAAAUUAUCUGAGAAACAUUCAUUAUUAAAACGUUUACAAUUUCUGUCCUCAUUGCCGGCUAAACUGAAAGCUUUAAUUGAGGAGAAAAAUUAUGCGCAGGCUGUUCAAGAUUACACACACGCCCAAAAAGUGUUUAAACAAUACGGUUAUCAGCCCUCUUUUGAAGGAAUACAAAGUGAUUGUGAUUCCAUCAUUCACAAUUUAAAGAAAAAAUUAAGGCAGGAAUUUCAAACGGGAAAAUCUGCGCAAAUGCUAACUGAAAUAGGGGAAUUGUUACUGCAGCUCGAUGAACGUGCCCCCGAUAUGGCCACCGAAAUGCUGAAUUGCGCCUCCAAACGUCUGCAUGAUCAAAUUGUUAUGCUCCAAGAUCAAACCGAACGAGAUAUGAUAGAAUUUGUUGACAUGGGCAUAGAAGGAUUCCUUAAUGAUCUUACUCUAGUUAUAACAUCUUACUAUGAUAUGUUUGUGGCCAAACACUAUGAAAAUGAACGAGAUGAUUUUCAAGAGCAGGCUUUGAAGGAUCUUAAUACAUUUCUAAAUCUGAAUAUAGACAUAUAUUUAAAUUUAGUCCAAGAUCGUGUCGAAUCUGAUAUAGGUUUUGGUGACACUCAAGUAAUGCUCAGAGCUUUAGAUCGUUUACAUCGCCGUCUUUUGGCAAUGCGUAAUAUAUGUCGCGGCAUUGACAUUCAACGCAAUACACUAGAUAUAAUUAUAAACGCCGCCCAUCAACUUUGUGAGGCUCAUCAAAAAAACCUGAAGGAUCAUUUCGCAGACAGUUUAAGCUCUGUACGUUUAUCGUUAGUGUCAGCGAAGAGUGAUUCAGCUACAGGUUCCAGUCUAAACGAUUUGAUUACUAACUUAUAUGUUUCAUUAAUAGAGAAAGUUAAAGGAAUUCUGCAGGAUUUGUUAGUAUUCCUGCAGACAGAAUGGUCAUUUAAUAUUAAAUCGGGAUAUAAAGGUACCUUAUGUGUAGAAAGUAUUAGAGAGAAUUUAUUAAUUGGUUUCUUGAGGCAUAUUGCGAAAGUGAUGAAUUCAUUUGGUGAUACUUCAAGUUCAAGCCCACCUAACUUGUUACUGGUUCUUUCGAAAACAUGCUUAGAAAUGGAGCAGAAUGGUGUACACGUUUUGAUUACUCUAGUAGACGAUUUAUAUGAAAUCGAUUCGGAAAAUAGUGCGACAUUAACUCACGAAACUGAGAUUUGUUCCGAAAUGCGCGAAACGGCUCAAUCGCUAUUAGAUACAUUCGUACGUCUACAAGGAUUAAAUAUCUCACAAAUGUUACGCAAAAGCGUUGAAACUCGCGAUUGGCUUAAUUGUUUAGAACCUCGUACGGUUCGAGCGGUAAUGAAACGUGUGGUCGAAGAAUUGGCGACCAUCGAAAAUGUUGUAGCCAGCUUAUAUGAUUAUACUGGAACUGCACGAACCCAUGAGGCCAGCAGUGAUUCGAGUCGUAAGACACAUUUUAGCAACUUAACAAAUUCCAAGCAGCAAUUCCGUUCAAAUUGGUCCAAUUACACACCAUCGCAAUUAGAACCCAGUUAUGUGUCCAAUAUCCACCGUUUGUUUUCAGAAAAAAUUGACAUUUUUACUUCUGUGGAAUUCUCGAAAGUGUCGAUAGUUACCGGUAUUAUAAAAAUUAGUUUGAAGACUUUACUCGAAUGCGUCCGACUACGCACCUUUAGCAAAUUCGGCUUGCAACAAAUCCAGGUUGAUACUCAUUACCUACAAAUGAACUUAUGGCGUUUUGUUAAAGAUGAAAACUUAUUAAAUUUUCUUCUGGAGGAAAUUCUGGGCUCUGCUGUUCAUCGUUGCCUUGAAUCUACCCUCAUGGAGCCCAAUGCAGUCGAGAUUAUCUGUGAACGGGGUUAGUAGAUACUUUUGACCUCUCUCUGUCUAUCUAAAGGACUAAAAUUCUGUGCAAUAUUCCGAUUUUCUUUAUUAGUUUAAACUAUUCAAUAUCUUUUCUUUUUUAAACCAUGCUUAGCGUAACGGAUUAAUAAAAAGAGUAAUACUUGAUCUAUAAUUCGCUUGCGGAUAUU